AUGAACGGGGACGCCAGCGGUAUGGGAACAGGCAAAAAUGCCGCCAGAACGGUGGAAGUCUUCCCCGGAGAGGACUGCCGAGAGACAGAUGGUCUAUCGUGGUACGAAUUCAGCUGCCAAAAUGCUGAUGGAGAGACAUACGUCGUCCCUGGUGGUGUCAAGAGUUUCUCGAUUGUGAGUAGAGCUGAGUCUGCCGGUCAAGAUCACUGCUGGGUUCUUGCGAAGCAAGGAGCAGCUUCGACCACUUUCAAGGGAUGUUUUGCAGCAGUUGUGGCCGCUGCAUUGACAGGCACACUUUUGGCUAUGUGA